AUAAAAACAUGGCUUGAUUUCACUGCGAUAUUUGCGUAUUUGUUUUUCAUACAAAAUAUUGAAUAGUCUUAUUGUUGCUAUAUAAUUUUGUGAUUUUCGAUAGUAAAAUAAGUAUCGUUAUGUGUUUUUUAGUCAUAGUGUAGGUAGAUAAUUAAGAUGGAGUUUGGGAGCUCCAUUCAAGGCUCGGAGUCGCAGGAUUCUGAUGAGCCGGCGCCCCCAGGGACAGGAGGAUUUGAAGAUAUCAGGCACAAUGCACCAUCAACAUCAUCUCCUCUACCAUCGUCUUUCAAAGGAAUUGAGAAUGCAAAGAAGCGUCUCCGAGCAUUCUCCAUCCAGAAGAAAGCCCCACUUCCUCCAGUGUCUGUUGUUAAGCCUGUUAGCACAGGAAAUACUACAGUGCUAAUAGGAAAGCUGAGCAGUGUGAAGGUGACACCGAAGGUGGAGAAGCUUGAAGAUGAGCAGAAAAAGCUGCCGAAACCGCCCAAACCGGGUGCCAGACAGAAACUAUUUAACGAAUCAUAUACUGAAGUGCAGAAGAAGACAUUGGCAGAAAUAGAGGAUAUGAAGCGUAAGAUGGAGUUGGUGGACCUGGGGAUUCCAUUGGGUCUGGUGUGUCCUAGCACCAAUGCCAUACCUGCUAAGGCCAUGCCGACGAAAGCUAUGCCUCCGAUCAAGACAUUUCUCGAUACAGCAAAAAUUGAUGCAAUCAUACGAGAGGCGAAGAAAGCUAAAGCCGAAGGGAAAGAAUUCAAAUUCGAUUAUCAGAAGUUUGUACCGGAUUACGAUAAUCCGUUCCAAAGAAAGAAAGAGACAGAAGCUGAUAAAGCUGCGGAGAAAAAAGAUGAAGAACAACCCAACAGGAGAGGCAAGAGUGAUAAAGAUAAGGAGCGGAGGAAAGGUGAUAGAUUUGAUAGGAGAUACUGGAAAGAUGGCAAGGAUAAAUUUAGAGAUAAAGACAAAUUUAGAGAAAGGGAAAAGAGGGGAGAACAUAGAAGUAAGGAUAGAGAAGAUAAAAAUAAGGAAAUGCAAAGAGAAAGGGACGGUAGAAGCAGAGAUCGGGAUAUGAAGAGUAGAGAUAGAGACGAUAGGAGCAAAGAUCGUGACAAACAUAAAAUUAAAGAUGUCAAAAACAAAGAACGUGAAGAUAAAGGCAAAGAUAGAGACUCGAAGAUAAAAGAUAAAGAAUAUAAAGACAGAAAGGAUAGAGAAGAUUCUACACGGAAAGACAAAUCAAGGAAAGAUGCAGAGAGUUUAGACCAUGAGAGAGAUGGAAAGGAAACGGAUGUAAACUUGAAUGAUUAUUUAGUCUGUGAUAGUUGGUCUUUGGAUACUGAGGACAAAAACACAUCUAGUCCUCAAGUGGAGGAUAAAACUAAGACGGCAUCUGCAAAGACUUUCUUAGAUCCACUAGAGCAUCUGAGACAAAGUUUAGCUAAGAAAGAUUCUAGCAAGCCUGCAGAUGGUCCUAAGAUCAAAGAAAAACUUAAACCAGUAAUAGACUCGUUCAAAUUUGAGUUAGAUCCGAAUGACGAAAAUGAUGAUGAUACUAUGUUGGAUAUCUUCGACGAAGAUUCCGAUUUGGAGAGGUAUUCGCAAACUAAAUCUAGUAAGAAAGACCUUUAUGACUCCCCGGUUCAAAUGAAAUUCAGUUUCGACCGUGAAGCGAAGGAUAUCUCAAAUGAUGGUAUGAAUGACGACAUGUUUCUCGAAUCAGUAAUCAAUGAGUUGAAACAAGAAAAUAUGUCUGAUGAUGAGCAUCAUGAUAAAGGGUUAGUUGAAUACGACGAGUCUCCAAUUAAAAGUCCGCAGGAACCUAGUGUAGGGUCAGUGACUCCAGAGCUUGAUGACUCUAUAAGAUUGCAAAGUCAAAGAAGCGAUUACUCUGAUGGGUACAGAUCUGUUGAUAGCCGAAAGUCGACCGAAAGCGGCUAUAAGUCAACCGAAAGUGGCUUUAGAUCCGAAAGUAGUUUUAAGCCUGUUGAAAGCGCUUUUAAAGAGAUUGAAAGUGUAAAAUCCAAAACCUCUAAAGAAUUUAGUCUAUCGAUAGAAAAAGAAUUGGAUGAAGCGUAUGACAACAGAAUGUCCAAAGAUGUGGUGGAUUCGCUAGAAACUUGGAGUUUUGUGUUGAAAAUUUGUCAGCCUUUGCUGUUUCGACAUGAUAAGAAUAAAUGUUAUAAAGAAACCCGCACCGCUCCCAAAGUAUGGUACACCCAGAACCCCAAGUUGUGUAGCUGCGUCAAGGAUCGAUCAGUGGUGUAUGAGGAAUUGGAGAUGUGCAAGAUGAACCUUGUCGACCGAGUGUACGGAUGCGACCAGAUUCCCGACGCGCCGUAUCAAGUAGCCCGUUCCUGGUACCCCCGCAUAGAACAAUGCCUCGUAGAGAACCCUAAGACUGUGGAUAUGACCACUGAGUGGGAUAUUGAGGAGCGUCGCCCUGAGAAGAGCAAGCUGAGACGGUCUCAGACCCCUGAGAAGGUGGAAGAGGAGUCUCUGGAUAGAGAAUAUCAGAGAUUCAUGGAAGCAGUAGAAGGGUGGCCAGAGGUGGAAGGACCUGGCAAGGACGACUCGCGCAGCACGACGCCCGUCCGACACGAGAGCAGGAAGAAGAAGGCGGAAGAUAGCGGCAGAGAAGAGAAGAAGAAGGCCAAGAAGAUGAAGCUGAGCAGCGGAGGCUGGAGUCAGGAGUCCGAUGUUGAGGAGGAGAAAGCAAAACCUGUCAAACCCGAGAAGGUGAAAGCUAAACGCAAACGCAAGCACUCGGCGUCAACAAUAUCAUCGGAAUCCCUCAGCGACGAUGGCGCUAAGAAACGGAAGAAGGUCGCUAAGAAAAAGGAUGAAAAGAAGGUGAAAACAAAAGCAAAACGUAAAAAGUUGGAGAAGAAAAUGGCGAAGAAAUUGAAAGAGAAGAAGAAGAAGAAAAAAGUGGAGAAGAUAGAAGUGGAUUCAGACUUGGAGGAAGAAGAGGAAGAAAUAAAGAAGAAAGAUAAAAAGUUGAAGAAAAAGAAGCAACAGAAACUCAAGAAAAAAACUGAAAAGAAGAAGAAACGCGUUCGUUCUUCUAGCAGUAGUUCGUCGUCUUCCAGCAGCGAUAGCAGUUCCGAGACGGAGUCUGAACUUGAUAAGAAGGCGAAGAAAAAGAAGAAGAAAGAAGCAGAGGCUAGAAAGAAGAAAAAGGAGAAGAAGAAGAAAUCGAAGCAGCAGUCCGCUUCGGACUCCACUCAGAGCGAGGAGUUGUUCGACGUGAACAUACUGAACAACAUCAAGACGGAGAGAGUCACGGAUGAUGAGAAGAGGGAGAAGUCUCCCGUCAAACAUAGAGAGAUCAUCAGCGUCAAGGAGCUACACGAAGAGUUCAGCUCUAAGGGGAAGGUCGCUCAAGUGCAGGUCAAACAGGAAGUAAUAGAAGAAGCUAAAAAUGUAGAAGUAGAGGACUUGGUAGAAGAGAGACAGGAAGAGAAGAGUUUAGAAGCGAUCGAGUUGCCAAAGGAACCGGAGCCGGAAAUGCCCCAGACGGUACAGGAAACGGAAGCGGAACUAAUGCACAAGUUCGACCUUGAAGGGAACGUAGAGGAAGAACAAUUUCCGGCCGAGGAGAAGAUAGAGACUGUGGAGUUUAAGGAACCAGAAAUCCCUACGCCGCCCCCACGCCCUGACGAAUCCUCACAAUGUUCGUCACAGGAAUCCAUCUGCAGCAUCAAAGACCAAACGUAUGAGAAAGACGAGAGUCACCUCCGACCUUCAUCGCAGAACAGCAACUACAGCUUCAAUGACGUCAUGGCUAGCCAAGUCGGGUACAAACCUAUGGAGGAUAAUUUGGAAGGAUAUGAGAAUUACGAUAUGUAUGAACAGAUGGCCAUGGCGUAUCAGAGCGACGUCGCUAGUCAGCUAGUGUCACCCCCUUCGACUGAGGUGUCGCAACGCAUAGAAACAGUGGUCCGGGCGCGCGGCCGCGGCGAGAUCAAGUGUGACUGGCGCGCCAGCGACCCGCCCGCCGUCACCAGCAACACCAGACCCUCGCGGUGGGGCCUGAAGCCCGGCGAGGUGAAUAUCGUGCUCACGGGCGCCGACACCGAGUGCGGGGAGCCCGAGACAGCGCCCCCGCCCGUCUACCAGAUACAGAGCCUCGCCAACAGGACUGACUCAUCCAUCGAAUACGACGAAGCGUACAUGGACAUGUACGGGGCGUCAGACAGGUUACAGUACGGGGACUGCUUCGCCGCGCCCCACCCGCAGCCACCGCAACAACAGUCCCAACAACAACAGGAGUCGCAACAACAGGAGACCCGCGGGCGAUCCCUCGACGAUCGCAUCAACCAGGCCUUGAGGGAUACCGUCCUUGGAGAUGUGGCUAAGGAUGACACUGAAAAGGAUACGCCUGAAAAAGGAAUUUUAGUCAUGAAAUCGUUGAGCGACACGCGUGCAGCCAAACGCGUCAGUUUCGCUGACGGAUACAAGCCCGGGCAGGACUCCGACGUCGAGGAACCGCCCGUUAAGAAGGCGCGGGCGCCGCGGCGCGUGGGGUGCGCGUGGCCGUGCGCGGCGGGGCACCCCGACCACGUGCCGCUGUGGGACGCGCUGCCGCCGCCGCCGCCGCCGCCCGGCUCGCCGCCGCGCCCGCCGCAGAGGCGCGCUGUACGAGAUCUAAGCAUGGCGAUACCAAACUUCAGGCCGCCGGAGCCACCGCCUGGAAUACUCAACUUCGCCUAGUGAUCAUCGCUAGUUCGUCAUCAUCAUCAACUUAUCAUGUCAUCGCCUCUGUCACCAAACAGCGAGGUGACCAAGUGAUCACGUUAUGUUGCAACUUAGCAAUACUUUUAUAUAUUGACAUUGAAUAUAUUGUAACUGAAUA